UCGAUACUUUGCUGUUUUACUGAGAACGAGGCUCUCUUUGUUUAACAAGGAAAGGGAGGGGGCUGCUUGGUCUCUUAUGAGCUUUCUCUCUCUAGACUUUCUUCUCUCUUUCUUUCUCUUUCUUUAUGUCUGCCGCAUUGUCUUGUUCUACUUCAAGAAUCUCCCCCUUCUCAUCUCACUUCCACGCAUUAAAGUGCUGUCUCUAUUUCUCUCUCUUUCUCAAUCUCUCUCUCUUUUUCUUUAGUCGUUGUAGCUUCAUAUUUUCUGGGUUAUGGCUUCUUUCUUUGCUUUCAUAUACAUAUUAACACUAAAGAGAGGAUACUAGGACAACCCCAUUUCUUGUUUUCUUCUCCUUGAUUCAACUUCAACCUUAUUUUGAGCAAGCGAAGAUAAAGACAUUUGCUUUUUUCAGCUAACUAUCUGGGAACAACGAACUCAGCUUGUUUUUACUUUAGUAAAAAUUAAGCCCAGAAAUUGGGGAAGGAGAGUCCUGCCUAUGGGGUUCUGGUAGCAGUUUUUUUUUUUUGGUGAUUACAAUCGACGCUGGGAGUUUGGGGAACGGUAAAGAGUAACAUUAGGAGCUGUAUGAAGUAGAAGUCUAACAAUGAGAGAUGGGAAACCCAAGAAAAGCAAGCUCUCAUGGUCCAAAAAAAUGGUCAGAAAAUUGUUCAAUAUCAAGAGCAAAACUGAGGACUUUCAAGCGGAUGAUCAUGUUUAUGGAGGAGGUGAAGUGGAAUACAGGACUAGCUUCUCAGAAAGGGAGCCAUGCACGAUUAAAAAGAGUAAAACAGAAAAAUUUUGUAAGAAUACAGAGCAAAGCCGGCGAGGGAGAAUGAAUCUUGAUCACCCUCGGAUCAUAGAUGUCCAAAAUUACAGCAUUUUUGUAGCUACGUGGAAUGUGGCUGGAAGAUCUCCACCUAGCAACUUGAAUCUAGAAGAUUGGCUCCAUGCUUCACCUCCUGCAGAUAUAUAUGUCCUUGGGUUUCAAGAGAUAGUUCCUUUGAAUGCUGGGAAUAUUUUGGGGGCAGAAGACAAUGGUCCUGCCAAAAAAUGGUUGUCUCUCAUUAGAAAGACUCUAAAUAAUCUUCCCGGAACCAGUGGAGGAGGGGGGUGCUAUACACCAUCUCCUGUUCCUCAGCCCAUCGUUGAGAUGGAUGCUGAUUUUGAGGGGUCAUCUAGGCAGAAAAAUUCAUCCUUCUUUCAUCGCCGAUCAUUUCAGACAACCAGCAGCUGGAGAAUGGACAAUGACCCCUCGAUUUCACAGCCACGACUUGACAGGCGAUUCAGUGUCUGUGAUCGGGUAAUAUUUGGCCAUAGGCCAAGUGACUAUGACUCCAGUUAUAGAUGGGGUAAUAGGCCUAGUGAUUACUCCAGGCCUAGUGAUUAUUCCAGGCCUAGUGAUUACUCCAGAUGGGGCUCUUCAGAUGAUGAUAAUGGGAUUGCAGAUUCACCAAGUACUGUAUUGUACUCUCCAAUGUCUUAUGGUGGAUCAGCAUCCAAUGAACAAGGAUAUAGGAUGCCUGGGCAUUCUAGGUACUGCUUAGUGGCUAGUAAGCAAAUGGUUGGCAUAUUUCUUACAAUUUGGGUUAGAAGUGAAUUAAGAGAUCAUGUUAAAAACAUGAAAGUAUCUUGUGUUGGCAGAGGAUUGAUGGGCUAUCUCGGAAAUAAGGGUUCUAUAUCUGUCAGUAUGUUGGUGCAUCAAACAAGCUUUUGCUUCAUCUGUAGUCAUUUAACUUCGGGACAAAAGGAGGGUGAUGAGCUAAGAAGGAACUCUGAUGUCAUGGAGAUUCUUAAGAAGACGAGGUUUCCACGGGUUCAUAAUGCAGCUGAUGAGAAGUCCCCUGAAACAAUCCUUCAGCAUGAUCGAAUAAUUUGGCUUGGGGAUUUGAACUACCGUAUUGCCCUCUUGUACCGAUCUGCCAAGGCACUUGUUGAGAUGCAGAACUGGAGGGCGUUGUUAGAAAAUGACCAGUUAAGGAUAGAACAGAAAAGAGGGCGUGUUUUUGUGGGAUGGAAUGAAGGCAAGAUUUACUUCCCACCAACAUACAAAUAUUCAACUAAUUCUGACAGAUAUGCAGGGGAUGAUAUGCACCCAAAGGAGAAACGGCGAACUCCUGCCUGGUGUGACCGGAUAUUGUGGUACGGAGAAGGCCUCCACCAAUUAUCUUAUGUCCGUGGUGAAUCUAGGUUUUCAGAUCACAGACCAGUUUAUGGUAUAUUUUGGGCUGAGGUUGAAUCAAGUCAUGGCCGAUUGAAGAAAAGCAUGAGUUACUCUAGUUCAAGGAUUGAGGUAGAGGAGCUUUUGCCAUAUGCACAUGGAUACACUGAACUAAAUUUUUUCUGAAGGAUGAGGGAAUGGUUAUGACCCACAUUCUAAAGACUGUAAGUAUCUUUUGGAGAGAUUUCAACCUGCUUCUGCAUAUCAGCAAUAAUGGACUUUCUGAAUCAAUAAGGUAGGAAUCACUUUGAGGACAUUCAUUCUUAAGGGUGAUGGAGACGUUCCGUUGCCCACUGACCAAAAAAGGUGUAAAUUUUGUAAUUGAUUGGUUAACUAACUCCACCCAUCGACUAAUUCCGCCUCCUCAAUCAUAACACUGUUAGCUUUACAACAAACCAGUCUCAGAACAACGCAGAAAUAAGUUAAUUGAUUAACAAACAACCUCUUCUAUGGCAUCUCAAAGCUCCGUACGAGUAUUGAUAAUUCUUCACAAUGAUUAGGCUGAACUUGCACUAUCAGGAACUGCCAAAGUGGGUACUUGAAGAUUGUUUUAUUCAUGAUGAUUCAUUUGUUAGUUUUAGGGAAUUUUUUGAUGAGCUAAAGACGGUGAAGUAUGGUCAAUGUAAUCAUUAGGCUACUUUUUGUUUUAAAUGCAAAGAGAAGUAAAGGUUUGAUGGAUACUCAUUACCAAAGUGAUAGAGGAAAUGUAAAAGAAAGAAGAACCAAAAAAAAAAAAAGAGGAAAUUAUAAUAGAAACCAGAAUGCUUCUUUUCUCCCA